AUGACUCGUGGAGUUAGAGGACUGCGACAGUGCUUUCUUGAAGGGUCCACCACUUUCAACCACCUCAACGGACCUUUGAAAUGUCGAACGCCGAUCAUGGCACCUGUGUCGGAAGAACUGCCUUCUCCUCCAACCAGUGAGCUUGACAAUGUCGACCAAGAUCGGACUUUCGGUGUCUGUUUCCGCAGGGAAGUGAAUGCCGAUGGCUCCGACUACUCGCUCUCACUCUGUGCUCUUGAACACACUUGCGAUGAGCUGAAAAAAAUUCAUUCAGAUCCUGAAGCAGCGUCUGCUGUAAGCUCCAACACCCUCACGCGGCCUACGCGGAUGGUCCUUCGACAGACUACAGCGGUAGGCACGACCUCAAAGCAGAAGAUCGAGAGCGCGAGCGUUUCUCUUGCUGUCUCUUUACUCCCUUUGAAUCAUGCCGUCAAACAACCAGGAGCAAGACAGCAGAUUCAUCUGAAGGCUCGACGAGAUUGGCUCAAGGCUGUCCUGAAAGAGAUACACAACCAUGGCUGCCAUAUGUUCACUCUGAGGACUCUGCAAUGCGCUACCAUAGGCUCUUGUCAAUGCUCUAGCAGAAACCGGCGCCAGGCGAGUGAUUCCCUCAUCUCAUACGGACGCGUAGCUAUAAUUUUCCAUGUUGCGCGAGAUCCCUUGGACGCAGCCCUGCCCGCCUCAUGCCACGCUCUAAACCGUUCCUCAGAUUUAAGCUUUCAAAGAUUUGUAGUGACCCAUCACCAUUACUCGCGAAAGAAAGCAGAGAGAAUAUAUUCUACGCUCCCGUCACCAGUUCUUGAUAACCUUCCGCAGCAAAUAUCGCAAAACAAGACCGAACGAGACCAAUCUACAUCAAAUGUGAAAAUGUCGGCGAUGGCGACAGCGCUUUUCGGUUCACCACUGGCACUACAGAUUUACUUGAUUGCUCAUGCCUGUAAAAGCGAUAUCAAAAUUUCGUACUUUGGCUGGCCGGUCGCCUCGCUCUCAGAGUUUUCCUCAGACUUGGAGUCACCUCAGCCGAAGGAGGAUGAUGCCGUGACAGCCAACACAAAAGUUUUUGAUCACCACAGUCCACAUCCAGCAGCCAUGCCACCACCAGAAAAAGCUCCGUCCGUCUCAUACAAAGCCGUUGGAAGAGGGCUAUAUCGAAGAGAAGUCGAGAAGCCUAUUGAAGAAAUUUCGGAAAGCCAGCGAGCAAGAAAAGUCGAUGACCAAGACAUCUCAUCGUCUACAGAUAAACUCGACGAACCGGAGCCACGGCCACAUUUAUUCAUGGCAAAAAAGCUCCAAGAAAUCCGACAAGAACCACGACGAUACGCACUUUCCGCAGCAACGGCUUCCGCGAUAUCCCAAAGUCGGAACGAUCGUUUUCGGAAAGUUCCCAGCCUUUUGCCGGAAAAUUUUGCGCGUCUUGAAUCAGCGAAUGGUUCGGAUAGAAUUUCUAAGCACUGGAACGGGCAGGCUUGCAAUGGGCGAGAUAUGGGAUCAUGGAUUGAGGAACGAAAGGACAGAGAGAGGAGCGCGAAUGUAAAUGUGAUUGGGAAGGGAGGCGGUAGAGAGAGCACACUCGGUCUGCUGGAGAUGAGAGGGAGCCAUGAGGUGUCGUAA